CACACAAACUUCUGAUGAAAAGAAAGAGUGCACAAUAAAAAGCCCAAAAUGAACGUCCAUUUUCUUACGAGCCCUCUCCUCUGUAAAUCGUGGUGUUGAUGCCCCAAAGCCCACAACACUCUACCAGAGGUUGCAUAGUCUCUCUUUCUUUCUCUCACCCCGCAACAUCAUCAACGACAACCCGCAACACCAAAACGACCUUUCUCUUUCUACAAAUUUUAGAGAGAGAAACUCAACGCAACCCCAAUUGCUCCACCACGCAAACACACACUUCCUCGCCGAGGGAACAAAACAAAACAAAACCUUCUUCCAUGGCUCUCACAUUCGUUGCCUUACGCGUUAGGUUUUAGGGAAAAUUCGCUAUCGUUGCCCCUCUGAGCGAAGGGAACCUAAUUUCCAAAACCCUAGGAGAGAGGAAUUUCGACUCAGGACGCGCCUGAAUUGUGCCCUAGGUUCUCAUUUCCGCGUUCAGGAGAUUCUUUGAUAAAUGGAAAGUGACACUCUUAGAUAUUAAGAGUGGGAUGCAUGGAUGUGACUCAGGAUCUGUCUUCCUUGUAAAUGCUGAGGUUGAUUCCAUGGGAGGUGUUGUUGAUGGCGGAGUUGGUAUAGGUUUGAAAACCUCUCCGCGUCGAGUUGCUAUUGAGAAGGCUCAGGCAGAGCUCAGACUGGAAUAUGAUGUUCGUGAAGAAAGAAGAAGGGAACUAGAAUUUCUUGAAAAAGGAGGCAAUCCUUUGGACUUUAAAUCAGGGAAUGCUGCUUCGGUUAGUGUUCAGUCUACUUCCCUCACUGAUCAGCAUCAAGAGCAGUUUGUGACCAGUGAAGCAAAAGGUAGUUUUGUAUUGACUGCCUCCCCUCAUGGUGACUCUGUGGACAGUAGUGCUAGACCAGGGGUCCCUUCUCUUAGUGAACCAAAUACUGCUGAUAACCUCUUACUUUUUGACGGUGAAAAUGAGUUGCCUGAAGGAGAAAAGAGGUCUCUACAUUCAACUAAAAGAACUAACAUUGCUCCUUCAGAACAGUCUUCUCGAAUUGGGGGGAGUCAGAAUGCAAAGGAGACUGAAGAUUCUGCUAUUUUCCGGCCAUAUGCACGAAGGAACAGGUCCAAACCAAAUCAUGGUCCUCGUGGGGCUUCAAGAGAUGCAAAGGGAAUGUUAUCUGAUACAAACAAACAGAAGGACAACAAUGUGCUUUCUGUUUCUAAGCCAAAGCCUACAAGUUUAAAUGGGGAGGUACUUUCUAAAGAUCCAACAUCUAAUAAAUCAGUGGAUAAUGAAUUGGAUGGUGUCCAAGCAUGUCAAACAGCUAGUGGCAGUGCUAGUGUUCCUGAGGACAAAUUGGAUAGUGCCGUGAAUAAAAAAUUCAAAGAGGAUCAACGAAUUAUGCCUUCUCAAGAUGAUAUUAUACAAAAUCCAGUUGUCUUGCCUUCUGGGGAAGCUAAAGCAGUUGGAGAAAGGGAUCUGGGGGCAUCAGUUGAUCUUGAGCCUCAGCCUUGUGCAUCUACUAAACAACCUGGAAUUGAAUCUUGUUCUGGCCAACCAAAUGGGUUUGGCAACAUAAAAGUAGACAGGAAAGGUGUAGCAAAUGGAGACCAAAAUUGCAGUGCUGCAUUAGGCAUGAAGAAUUUUGAUUCGGAGUCUUCCUGUGCACAAACUAGUUUAGCUAGAGAUGUAAAUAAUAAUAACAUGUGUAGUAAUUCUAAGAAUAUUGGUGCAAAUGGAAAUACUAUGGAACAAACAUCAGAAUUUGAGAAGAAGCUGAAUUUAACUGGCUAUGAAGUUGUAAAAGAAGGAAUUAAUACCAACACGGGUGAAAGUGGUGCUACUUUGAACAAUGAACAUGCUACUGCUUAUGUAAACCAUUCUGGUAGUGGUAACAUAGUCAAAAGUGAGGAAAACAUCCAUACUAAUGGUUCUUGCAUGCAAAAUAAGGUGAAAGAUUCCUCCAAUAUUAAAGGACUGCCGCACAAUGAAAGCUGCAUAUCAAAUGCUGAUAAAGAGGAAAGGGGUGUUCCGAUGGAUCAGGCUAAUUGUAUCAGGGAAGACAACUGUGAAAGACUUAAAGUUCCUAUGGAUGUGUCAAUUUCAACUCCGCAAAUUGCUCCUGUUGAAAAGGUUACUACUACUGCAUCUGAAUGUCAACCAUGUAGCACACACAACUUGAGGAUACCAGACAAGGCUCAUGAGGAUUCUAUAUUGGAAGAGGCUAAAAUCAUAGAGGUCAAGCGCAAGAGGAUUGCAGAGUUAUCUCUUCGCACAUUGCCAUCACAGAUCCAUAGAAAAUCUCACUGGGGUUUUGUCCUUGAGGAAAUGACAUGGUUGGCGAAUGAUUUUGCGCAGGAGCGUCUUUGGAAGAUAACUGCUGCUGCACAAUUGUCUCAACAGGCAUCCUUUGCUUCUCGGUUAAGAUUUGAAAAACAAAGUAAACAUCUUGGGGUGAAAAUUUUGUCUCACAACAUGGCAAAGGCUGUCAUGCAGUUCUGGAAUUCAAUUGAGCUCCAGUUACUCAAUGAAGCUUCUAGGGACAAGAGGAGCAAUUCCGAGAUGGAUGAACAAAAUACCACUAAACAAGCGGCACAUAAGGUGCAUAGUUAUGCUGUGAGAUUCUUAAAGGACAGUAGAUCUCUUGGAAUUUCUAGUCAAGCAGAAGCGCCGGCAACACCUGAUAAAGUAUUGGACUUGGGCAUUGUUAAUAUGUCAUGGGAUGAUCAUCUUACUGAAGAAAGCCUAUUCUAUACAGUUCCUCCUACUGCAAUGGAAAUGUACAGGAAGUCUAUUGAAUCUCACUUUCUACAGUAUGAGAAAACUGGUAGUAGCAUUCAAGAGGAAGUUGAUACAUCUAUGUAUGAUACUGCAGCAGAGUUUGGGCAUGAAGAGGGUGCAUAUGAUGAGGAUGAAGGAGAAACUAGCACUUAUUAUUUGCCUGGUGUGUACGAGGGUAGUAGAUCAUCAAAAUCAUUGCACAAGAAACACAGGAAUAGAAUGAAGUCUUACACUCCUAAGCCCAGUGAAAUUGGGACCGAUUUGCCUUACGGGCAUUAUUCAACUGGAGCUCAACCAUCCAUCCUUCUUGGAAAAAGGCCAUCCAGUUUAAAUGUUGGAACAAUACCUACGAAACGCAUGCGUACAGCUUCUAGGCAGAGAGUUGUGAGUCCUUUUGCUGUGGUCUCUGGGACAUUACAGGCUCAAGCUAAGACAGAUGCUUCAAGUGGAGAUACCAAUUCCUUUCCAGAUGACCAGAGUACUUUACAUGUUGGACCACAGAUUCAGAAAAGUGUGGAGGUGGAGUCAGUUGGAGAGUUUGAAAAGCAAUUACCUUAUGAUUGUGGAGAAACAUCAGUUAAAACAAAGAAGAAGAAGCCCAAGAAUCUGGGUUCUGCUUAUGAUCAGGGAUGGCAAUUGGAUUCUGUUCUCCUAAGUGAACAGAGGGAUCAUGCUAAAAAGAGAUUGGAUAGUCAUAACCUUGAAUCUAAUGGAGUUAGUGGUUUGUAUGGGCAGCAUAGUGUGAAGAAGAUGAAGACAUCAAAGCAAUCCCUUGAUAAUUUUGACAAUGUUGCUCCGAUAACUAAUUCUAUUCCCUCCCCUGCUGCUUCGCAAAUGAGUAACAUGUCUAAUCCAAGUAAAUUUAUUAGAAUCAUUAGUGGUGGACGAGAUAGGGGCAGGAAAGCGAAAGCACUCAAGGUUUCAGCUGGACAGUCUGGUUCUGGGACUCCAUGGUCACUAUUUGAAGACCAGGCUCUUGUUGUCCUGGUGCAUGAUAUGGGUCCAAACUGGGAGCUUGUUAGUGAUGCUAUCAACAGUACUAUACAAUUCAAGUGUAUAUUUCGGAAGCCAAAAGAGUGCAAGGAGCGUCACAAGAUUUUGAUGGAUAGAAGUGCUGGGGACGGUGCAGAUAGUGCUGAAGAUUCAGGAUCUUCUCAGUCUUAUCCAUCUACACUGCCUGGGAUUCCAAAGCAGGGCAGUGCCAGGCAGUUGUUUCAGCGUUUGCAAGGACCAAUGGAGGAGGAUACUCUGAAGUCUCAUUUUGAUAAAAUUAUCAAGAUUGGGCAGAAGCAACGUUUCCACAGGAAUCAGAAUGAUAAUCAACCAUUAGUACCUGUCCAUAAUUCGCAUGUGUUUGCUCUUUCCCAAAUCUGUCCGAACAACUUGAAUGGGAGUAUUUUGACGCCACUUGAUCUUUGUGACACAAAUCAAACAAGCCCAGAUGGUCUGUCCCUUGGUUAUCAAGGAUCUCAUACUGGUGGUUUACCAAUGUCCAAUCAUAGUUCUGUACCUCCUGUUCAUCCUUCAGCUGGGUUGAAUUCAUCUAUUCCAUCAUCUUCUGGUGUGAAUCUUAGCAAUAACUUAUCAUCAUCUGGUCCAUUGGGGGCCUCUGCCAGGGAUAGUAGAUACGGAGUUUCACGAACUCCACCUUUAUCAGUUGAUGAACAGCAGAGAAUACAACAAUAUAAUCAGAUGUUGUCCAGUAGAAACAUGCAGCAAUCUACCAUUUCCGUGCCUGGGUCUCUUUCAGGAAGUGAUCGAGGUGGUGGGAGAAUAUUGCCUGGCAGUAAUGGUAUGGGCAUGAUGAGUGGGAUCAACAGAAGCAUUACAAUGCCUAGGCCAGGGUUUCAAGCAAUUCCAUCAUCAUCUAUGCUUAGUUCUGGGGGCAUGCUUUCUUCUAGUAUGGUGGGGAUGCCAAGCCCUGUAAAUAUUCACUCUGGAGUUGGUGCUGGACAAAGCAACUCAAUGCUGAGACCACGGGAGACUGUACACAUGAUGAGGCCUGGCCAUAAUCAAGAACACCAAAGACAAACCAUGGUUCCAGAACUUCCGACGAUGCAGGUUACACAAGGAAACAGUCAAGGCAUUCCUGCUUUCAGUGGGAUGAGUUCUGCCUUUAAUAAUCAGACAACUCCACCAUCAGUUCAGUCAUAUGCAGGGCAUGCCCAGCAGCCACAUCAAUUAUCUCAGCAACAGUCCCAUCUCAGCAAUCCCCGUCCCCUUCAAGGUUCAAAUCAUACUACUAAUCCACAACAGGCCUACGCUAUCCGAUUGGCAAAGGAAAGACACUUGCAGCAACAUCAGCGGUAUCUGCAGCACCAACAACAGCAGCAGCAGCUUGCUGCAUCGAGUGCCUUGAUUCAACAUGGUCAGGCACAGUCCCAACUUCCUAUACCAUCCCCUGUGCAAAAUAAUUCCCAGGCACAACCUCAAAAUUCAUCGCAGCAAGUAUCUCUUUCCCCUGUAACACCGACAUCCCCUUUGACUCCCAUUUCUUCUCAGCAACAACAGCAGAAACAUCACCUACCACAUGGUUUCAGCAGGAAUCCCGGUGCUAGUGCAUUGACUAACCAAGCAGCCAAACAACGGCAGCGGCAACCACAGCAGCGGCAGUAUCCACAGCCAGGUCGGCAGCAUCCUAAUCAGCCACAGCAUGCACAGGCUCAACAGCAGGCGAAACUUCUGAAAGGACUAGGAAGAGGAAACAUGGUGGUCCAUCAGAACAACUCUGUUGAUUCUUCUCAUCUAAAUGGGUUAUCUGUACCUCCAGGAAGCCAAACUGUUGAGAAAGGGGACCAAAUCAUGUCCAUGAUGCAAGGUCAAAACUUAUAUCCUGGAUCUGGUAAUCCAAAUCAACCACCCAAGCCAGUAGUUCCUGCUCAUUCUUCAAAUCAUUCCCAGUUGCAGCAAAAGCUACAUUCUGGACCAACAAACACUUCUUUGAAACAACUUCAGCCAGUGGUAUCUGUAUCUGAUAAUAGCAUUCCAGGAAAUGUUUUGUCAGUUACUGCUGGCCAUAUGGCAUCAUCUCCACAGACAGCAGUUGCUUCUAACCAUCAACAACUGCCACUGCAAUCUCAGCCACAGUGUAAGCAAAGUAACCAAACUCAAUCAAAUGUUCAGAGAAUCUUACAACAAAACUGUCAGGUGCAUUCUGAGUUGUCAAACUUGUCUCAAUCUGAUUCACCUAAAGUUGAUCAACAUCCUGCAAACAGUGCUUCCCAAGUUGGUAGAAACACUGCAAUGUCUCCAGGUUGUAUGGAUGCAGCUAGUGUAACUGUUGUUCCUCCUUCUGCAUCUUCUCAGUGGAAAACGUCAGAAUCAUCAUUUGAUUCCAGUGUGGCCAAUCCAGUUACUCAAGCAAGCUCUCUAGGCAGUACAACACAUGUUGGAAAUGAGCAACCGACUAUUAAUCAAGGGAUGGGACCACAACAAUUAUCAACUAGCUUACCUUCUCAUACACAUAAUUCUGGAGGGCAGUGGCAGCAGCAGCCACUGACUCUCCAACAACAAUCUUUACCACAGCCUAUCCCAACUCAACAGUCAUAUCAGUCUCCAGAACAUCAGAAGCAACAGGAGCAGGAGCAGCAUUCUCCAAAAGAUGUAGCUUUGCAACAUCAACCUCAGCAACAAGUGAAACACAAGCAACAGGGACAGAGCAGUUUGCUUAUCCGGCCACCCAAUUCUAAAGUGGAAUGAUGAUGUCUGAUGGAUGGAGCAGCUGAGUGUGCUUGGUUCUGUCUGGAUUGGAGUCUUAUACCCUUUUACUACCAUUGUACAGAUAAUAUAUCUUUUUGAUGUUGGAAUGGUAAAACUAAAGCAAUGUCGAUACUGAAGUUGAGCUUUAUCCGAGGUAUUAAUCUCUUACAGGGCUGCGACCCAAGAAAAACAAAAGAUGAUGCUGGUCAUACAUGAGGGCUUUGGAAUAUGGAGAUAGAUAUCCAUUGUUUUCAGUAGGUCCUGUUAAAAAUUAGGAAAAAUUGUAUUGGUAGGCAUCAUUGCUUACUUAUUCAUUUCACAGGUCUUGUAUAUUACCGCUGUUUUUAGAGGGUAUUUUUACUAUUUUCUUAGGUAAGAGACGAAUAUAGAGGUAUGUGUACAGCGUCGUCUCUUCCUUGUAACCCCCUCCCUACUUUUCGUUUUUUUUUUUUGUCUUGUUUUCCCUGCCCUUGUGCAGAGGAACUCGUUAUUUUUGUUCUAGAUUAGUGAAUGUAUUAUUAGCCUGUUAGAUAAUUGGGAUAGGAAUCAUUUUUAUGAGUAAAAGCCAAUUCAAAGUUUUGUGAAUAUC